AUGGUGUGUUUCACGCAUGCAUGGACUGCGGGAUGCUUGCUGACAGGAUGGAAUGCCGGAUGCGCAUCUGGCAUAGAAUCUGGCCAAAGUGAAGCCAGGUUUGUCGUUAUUGCCGCCGAUGGCUCUCUGCACCAUGAGAGCGGCAGCCCCUUGGAAAGUCAGCCCCUGUACAGCUCCGAAGGCUCGGCAAUGUCGACGGCGGUGGCGGACGUGAAUGUGGGCAGCACCGCAAGUGCAAGGAAGCUCAGCUCCCUUAGUGCCUCGGCCCGGACUAGAAUUAACGUGCCUUUCGUUCCUGUGUUCUGUAGCAGCUUGGGUCUUUGA